AUGAAAUAAUUUAUAACCUUUAUCAAUAUUCCUGAAGUGCGUGGAAAAAUUCCAAAAUGUUAAAUCUGUUAGAAAAGUUUCAGUUUUACAACUAGAGAACAUCAAUGCAAAAGGUAAGAAUAAAACAUAAUGCAGAUGUUUAAGAGCUGUAUGUGAGGGAUGUUCUCCAUUCAAGAUUAACCAUAUUAAAAAAGAUGGUAAAGAAUCCACAAAACCACAUAGAAUGUGUAAAAUCUGUAAAGAGGUAUAUGGAAGUCUAAUUCAAGGAAUCAGAGUAAAUAAAGAAUUUUGUGGAGUAGAAUCAUAUUGCUUAUGGAGUUGACACUAUAUCGAAAUAAUGGUUGGGAGGUACUCUAAGUUAACAAGAUUAUAAGAAUGCUCGUGAGAGCGCUAAAAUAAGAUUUGAUAAAACAGAAAUAAGUGGUUUUGACAAUAUUAACUAUUCUUUAAAAGAAUUUUAUUAUCUUGUAGGCAAAGACAAUCAAAAAUUACAGAAUGUUUGUUUGACAUUUUGUUCUAAGAAUCCAGAAGUGUAAUUUUCAGCAGAAUUAGUAUGUUUAGCCAAUUUUCUAUUAUGUUUUUCAUCAGAAGCAUCAACUUAUCAAUUAUUAACAAUAAUAUACAAAUAGAAACCCCCUGAUGAAUGUAUCGUAAGUAUAUUAACAUAUUGUGUAAAAGGAUAUGGUCUAGGAGAGGAUGAAAAAUAAUUGUUGAAAUAAUUUUUACAAAGUAGAUUAAAGCGAUAUUUAAUAACAUAUUCAAUCAACAUGUUUAAUUUCGAUACUACUCUAUUUCUAAUAACAUAAUUAAUUAAAAAAUAUGAUUCAUUUAUUAAAGGACUAUCUGCAAUAUUUAUAUUGGCUAGUACUCAAUUAAAGAAUACUAAUCAUGAAGAUCUUGAAUUAUGGAUAUUAAGGAAUGUAAGAAGAAAAGAUGCAGAAAAUAAAUUAAAUUCUAUGCAAAUGCCUACACCUAAAUAAGAAAUAGAAAGUAGAGAUACAUCUUAAUCAGUUAGAAGUAUUGCAUUUUCAAUGAUUGAAUAAUAAGAUUAAUCUUAAAAUAAUGAAUUAAAAGCUGAAAUAUCUAAUUUAAAAUUACAACUUGCAUUAAAAGAUAAUGAAAUUGAAAGUUAUAAAUUUUAAUUAUAACAAAUGUAAUCUCCAGAUGACUCAAAAAAAGAUAAAUAUAUACAAUAAAAAAAUGAUGAAAUUGCUAUUCUAUUAGCUAGAGUUGAUGCUUUAACUUUAGAAAAUAAAUAAUUAUCUAAGAAAGAAUCUAAUUAUUUAAAUUAGAAUUCUAUAUAAGCAGAAUAAUAAAAGAUUAUUUAAGAAUAACAAUAAUAGAUUGAACGCUUAAAGACAAAAUUAAAAGAUACUACAUUUGAAAAUAGAGCAAUGUCAAUGUCAUUAGCAACUAGUGCAUAGAGUAUUAUGUCUGGCAAAGAAGUAUAGGAUUUAAAAUAAAAACAUGAAGACGAAAAAUAAUAAUUAUUAGAUUAAAUUCAUUCAUUAGAAUAAAAUAAAGCAUAACUUCAACGUAUUAUAGAUUCAUAAAAACAAUUGAAUUAAAGAGUAGUUGAUUAUAUUAGCUCUAUGACCAUUAAUACUAAUGUUAUAGAAUUGUCACUCAAACCUCCUUUGGAGAGAAGUACUAAAAAUGAUAAUGAAGACUACAAGCUCCUUAUUGAUACAAAGAAUCAAUAAAAUUAAUUAUUAAAAUAAUUGCUUAUUGCAAAUCAGUAAUAAAUUCAAGAACUUAAUAAUAAGCUCAAAGAUAUUAAAUAAAUGAUUUAUUCAUCAUGA